AAGUUUACAUUGGUAACCCUCAAGUCCUGACAAGACUUUAAAGUUUAGACUUUAGUUUGAUAUAUUGCCAGCUAUCCAACGUUCAGGUACAAUUAAUCUUUCAUUUUUAUCAUCGGGUUAUUUAUUUUAGAGCUUAGUUCUUUUCAGCACAAUUUAUGCAAUCAAAAUUUGUGACCGAGAGGUUGAAAAAAAGUUACAUGUCUGGUGUGUUAAUGCAUAAUUUUGAUAAUGAAUACAAAAAGCUCUGCCAUAAAACUUCCUUUUUAUCAAUUUAGUAUUCAAGGAUGAUUUAUCAUGGACAGUAAUUUUAUAGUUGAAAGUAAAAUAUAGAAAAAUUCAUCACCACAUAAUGAAUGACAUACUUUCAGAUGCGCAGAAAAGUAGCUUAAAAUUAGUAGACCUGUACUACUCUGGAUUUUAUUUAGAAGAGGCACGUCACAGAUAUACGUUUGAUAAUAAACAUGAGAUCAAAUCUGCUCUUUGCCUCAAUAUGAUAUUGGCAUGCAAGUAACUAUGAAAUACAUGGGUUAAUCAAGCAGGUACAAUAACAGGAUGCACUAAAAGAUGGACUAACUGGAAACAUGAAUCACAACAAACUUCAAAGGUUACAAAUUUUAACAAGCCAAAACUAAGGCCAAUCAUCAAUACAGAAACGUAGUCACUAUAGUCACUAUGAUAUACCUUUAUAUUAGCUGCAAUGUAAUGUAUAUUAACCUAGCUGUCAUUGUACUAGCCACUCAUGCACAGUCAUAUUCAGUUAGGUACAUAUUGGUUUUUUUUUUUUUUUGGUUGUUGUUGUUUUUUAACGAUAAAUGAACUAUGUAAUAUACAUCUAGUAUACAUCAUUAAAAAUAAUGCAGUUCUAAUGAGAUAUUGAAAUUUCUUAACUGUAAUUAAACUCAUAUGUUAUGCAGAAUGUUUAAUUACAAUUUAAAAUGUGAAUGGAUUAAUCCUUCAAAUUAGACGAAAUGGUGGGCAAGUAUAGCAUUAAAAUGGUGCCAGAUGGCAAUCACAGCUAGAUUGAAAUCACUUUAGGUCGUAUUUACAAUGAAUGAUCCUGAGGAAUCUGACUCAGAAUGGGACAGUACCCUGGAUUUUACAUCCCCACGACCAAUGGCAGACAAACUGUCAGUUCCUCCAGAGAUCGAAGAUGAAGAUGCCAGUCAUCAGGAUUCUAUGGUCGAGAGACCCAAACCAAAGGAAAGGACCACAAUCCCCGCAAACCAGAAAGCUGAAGAUGCCACCUACGCAGAAGUUAAAAAAGAAAACAGAAAACAGACACCACAAAAGAUGACAAAGGAGAACUCGCCCCCUUACAACUUCAGGGAAGCUGUAUCUGGAAACAUCACACCUCAGAAAAAUGACCCUCCACCUCCUGGUAGAGACCGAAAGGGAACAACUUAUGAUGUCACAAGUAGAGUUCCAGUUUCACAGCAAGACAGCAUACUCAGUACCGGCUCCUGGGAUGACACAGAUGAAGAUGAGAAGACACUGAGAGAAUUAAGAGAGACAUUUAAAACAGAGAAAAAGAAGGAACAGGAAGCCGUGGAACUGCGAAUACGAUUGGAAAGUCAGGGAGAGGAAAAAUUAGAUGAAGGACAGAUGACCAAUAGGUCAGAGACAACCUGGAAAAGCUGGGCCAGUUUUGGGAGUAAAAGUAACAAGGGAAAGAAAAAGAAGAAGGAGGGCAAGACGGUUCCUACUUACCGUGAUGAAGGCCAUUAUGACGCUGUCGACAUUACUCAGGUGAGGGCAGGAGUGGAGAGACAGGAAAAUACUCCGGGUAAUAUGUUCCAGACACAACCCAACAAAGAGGUCAAAGAUCAGGGGCCAGUGCCGGACAAAGCCCACGACACCAGCUUCACCGAUUUCAGACCAGCUUACAUGUCACCACCAUUUGUUGUUAAAGAGGAAACAGGGAUGACAUACUACUUUGGACAUGGGUCUGUACAAUAUCUGGAGGUAGACAAUGAUGAGGAAGAAGCCAUGAUGCCAAAAUUGGCUGACAGAUUAGAGGGCUUAUUCCACAGAAUCUGGCAGGAGUUUUUCGGAGCUCUACGCAUCGUAACCAGUUUCUUUAUCUUGUUUUUGGUGGAACUAUUCAAAUACAUCAUCAAAUAUGUCUUCCAGCCAAUAUUUGUUGGCAUUUUUGUCACAGCUGGUGACUAUAUAGUGAAACCUGUUCUCUCAGUGCUGUUCAAUGGGUGUAUGCAACCGACUGGAGUUUUCUUUUGGAACUGUUGUGUCACAACGAAACUAGUGUGUACGCCAAUGAUUGAAAUAUUGCGCAAAAUUCUCGAACAGUUUGCCAUGUGUUGUAGAUUUGUAAGGUGUGUAGAGAUUUAUUGGAAAACCGGUGAAGGCAAACCAACCAUGGAGGUGCCCGAAAUGAAGCAUGUAUAAAACCGUUCAUCAAAUUGUUGGAAGUCAGGCUACCGCCUGGAGGAGGCAGAAGCUCAUCUACAUUUUAACCACUUGGAGAUAUACCAGGGUAUACUUACAGUAAUUUAUUAAGUACUUGAAGCAUAAAGCUUGGUAAUACAAAUAUACAAGUAGUUAUAAGGAAAUGUCUUAGUACAGGUACAGUUGAACUUCAGUUUCUUGAACACAGAUAUCUCGAAUAGCAUGCAUAUGUUGAAGUGAUUCGAAAUUUCCAACCACUUAUUCUUUAAGUAUUUUACCUUCGUUAUCUUGAAUCCUCCGAUAUCUUUGAAGUUUUUUCUCGGUCCCAUCGAGUUCAAGAUAACAAGGUUUAACUGUGUAUAUGUACGAAGUCAUGUUGCCGACAAUACUUUACCGACUUGGAAGUUCCAUGUACCAUGUAUGCUUUUAAAACAAGAAUGCUUUCAAUUGGUUUAAUUUAGUUAUAGAAGCAUUUUGUAAUAUUGUUUUGAAUUAUCAGAAUACAUAUUGUGUGUUAGAAAUUAUUCAAUGAACAAGCAAUGACUUAAAAUACAAAAGUUAAUGUUGUGCCAAAGACCAAAAUUCUAGACAUUCUGUAUCAUAUGACUGUGAUCACCUCGAGACUUGUGUUUUACAAAUGCAUAUCAUUAUUUAAUCACUUACAACUUUUUUAAAUUUCAAAACCAUUAGUAUUACACUUACUAGUACUUUUAUUGAGAGCACCUGAAUCUCAGCUAGUGCACAUCUGCUGAUUUUAAACAUGUACAAAAUGUGCACAUAUUUUUAAGGAGUGUAUAAUGUACACAUGCAUUUAUUAUUCAUUUCAAAUGCCAUAUUUGCUUUAAUAAUGUAAGCAACAUUUACUUUAGCUGCAGAACUGUAGCUCUCUGAAAAAAUAUUUUCAAAAUAUUUUUUCAGAGAGCUACAGUUCUGCAGCUACAUUUACUUUAAUAUGUGAUAUUUUUAGAAGUGUGGUAAUUAGGUCAACAUUAAUUAUUACUAUAGUUGUUUGUAUUCUUUCAGAAAUAUGAUAAUAUUCAUCGAGAAGCAUUUCAUUUUGUGAAUUCAGAAUACUAGCUGCUUUGUCGUGUUUCUUCUGUUAUCAACAGUAUAUAUUCACAUCAAUUGGCCUUAUGAGUUGGUGUAUGAAUCGCAUGUAGGAUUUACAUUUGUAUUUAUGUAAACCGACAUGUAGAACUCGCCUAUUUGUUUUUUUUAUCAUGAACAGUACAAAUCAUUUAGUUUAUAAUGGUGUACUAAAUAGAAAAAUUGUCAUUGCAAAUUAAUUCAAAUUUACUAAAUCUAAAUUUUUAGAAAUAUAUUUUCUCAAAGCACCAUAAGCUGCGAGCUCCUUUAUGUAAAACCAACACUGAACACUUGGCUGUUUUACUGAUUAACCUUACUUGUGUGGAAUCUGUGAUAAUUAUGAAAUGGGGAAAAAAUAAUUUUUAAUGGAAACUUGUGCUGUACAUUACAACAUGGUACAUGUAGUCCAAUAAAUUUUCAUCACAGCAGUGUGGAUUUCAUAAGUCAGCUGUGUUUUGUUUAGAGCUGUGGUUUAUUGAAUAUAAUGUCCAGAACUGACACACGUAUAUUUGAGCACACAUACAUGACUGAUUUUUUAAAAAGUUGACAUGGGGGUGAAUAUGGUACAUGUACUAGUUAUAGGGUACAUGAUGUGCAAGUAAAUAUAUUAUCUGUCCUAAAUCAUGAUUAUGUGAACUACAGAAUCUCAUUAAUUGUUACACUAUUUAAAUCGACCAGAUCAAAAUACAGAUCAAUCUUAAGAAAUUCUUCUGAUUAUGAAGUCAUCGAACUUGAGAGGUCUUUGUUAUACACACAUUUAUGACUCAUUUUUAAUUAUGUUCUUUCAUACUAGUCAGCAGAUUUGGUGUCCAUCCAUAAGUCGCAGUAACACAGCCAUGUGGUUACAAAAUAUUCGUUUAUCAAUCCACAGGUCACUGCAAUACAGCCAUGUAGUUACAAACUAUUCAUUAUCAAUCCAGAAACGAACAUAUAACUUGGUAAUGAAUAUGCCGAUUCUGCCCUCGCGAUACAGAUGACAUCACAAUAUCUGACAUCAAUGACCAGUCCGAAAACCCAUAUUAGACUGGCGUGCAAAAACGCAUAUCAAUCCAGAAAUUACAUACAUUCGCUCAUAACAAUCAGUGUAUCAAGUUUUCACCAUGGUACAUGUAGAUGUAAAUUAAUGUGUCAAGGUUUUUCACUAUAGUAAAUCUGACAACCAACAUAUAAAACAAAACGACUCUAACUGCACAGGCCUGCUACUACUGUGUACUUUAGAUUUUAAUGAUUAGCUUAAUAUUAUUUAAGUAAUUCUUAUCGAAGCCAGUAUGUUGCCCUUAAUUGACAUUUCUAGGUUAUACAUGUAGUUCAAUGUGUAUGAUGCAUUUAAUUUGUAUUAACGUGUUUGCUAUAUAAAAUAUAUUUGAGAAGUACAUGCACUGGAAAUGUAUCUUAUGACUUAUCUUCUAUAUAUACAUGUAUUCAAAUUAAAGAAAUCAAAAUCAUCUGUGUACAAUAUAUAUAUAUAUAUAUAUAUAUAUAAAGUACUAAAAAUGACCAACGACACGAACAACAGUGAAUUGCUUGUUCGUGUCAUUGGUCAUUUUUAGUGCUUUUUAUAUCCUUUCAUAUUUGACCUCGUAUCUACUAUUAGAUUCAACACUUUGGAUGUUGAGUGUUGUUGGAUUAUAGUGCUAUAUAUAUAUAUAUAUAUAUAUAUAUAUCUCUAAUUAGUUUCUUGACUUCUUCAGGAGUAUAAGGAAUAUUGCUUAGUAUAUAAAUACAUAUAUAUUUAAAAUACAUCUCUAUUUUCAAUAUGAAUGUAAACCAACCUACACUGUACAGCUUAUUUUUAAUAUUUGUUCAUUUAUUACAUUUAGUCUGGCACCAAAUUUAUUUUAUCAACAUUCAAGAGUUGACAAUUUAUCAUUCACAAACUUGUAUGCAUGCAAAUGUAUGUCUAUAUUUUUACAUUGGUUAUAGUAUAUAUAUUCGUUUGUUAACUUAAAAUGUUACGUCCAAUAAAUCGCCUUAAACUGAU